UAUGGUUGGAAAGAGUAUAUUACGAAUAUCUUUAAAGCAAUCUAAAUGUCUUAUCUGUGAUAAGAAAAUAUCCCAUGCGCGAACAAUUACCAAGGAACUGAAGAAUGAUCCUGUUCUAUCCGAUUAUUUUUUUAUGGAUACAAAGCACGAAUUAAAGAAGAUUGUGCAAUCAUUCAAUCAACUAAACAAGUCUUUAACAAAAAUAUUGGAAGUAGAAUCUUUUCAAGUAUCCCAUACCUCUCACUUUACUAACAAGUGCCGACAAGAUGCACUACGAGCAGCUGAGGAUAAAGAUAAAAUAUCAGCUUACACAAAAGAAUUUGAAAAAAUGAAAACCCAAAUGAACAUCAUGUAUUCUAAAAUGCAAUCUCAGGAGAAAAAAUUGUUGGCUCAAUAUGAAGAACUUAAACGAAUCUCAAACGACGAGAAUAAGAAAUCGAAAACUCUAUUAACAGAACAAGAUCGUCAAAUUAAACGUUUGACCGAUGAGCUGGUAUUUUUAAGAAAUGAGAAUCAACAGUAUAAAGGAUUAAUGUCUGGAGUGUUUACACGUCUGUCUCCGGAAGCCGCUGCUGUUGUUAAAGAAAAAUUUAAGCAGAAACUGACGCCGAAUCAACAAAAACAAUCCUCAAGGAGUCAAAAGACGCCAUCUUCCGAUCAAGUAGGAGCGGAAAGUGCUCUUGGAUUAAGUCGGCGUAUGACACCUAGAAAUAGUCCUUUUGGAGUCAUAAUGGAUACAAAGGAUCCAAUAACCGGGUUUGGAGCUCUUGGCGGGGGAGAUGGUUCUAAACACUCAGAGACAUUACCAUAUAGAACCCCUUCUAGAAUAGGAUUUCAGUUCAAUCCGAGUAGCAGUACGAACUAUCAAAAGGGUAAUUAG